UUGCCAGCCGACCGUGCUGCACGAGUCGUGCGUUAUGUUAUCGUGUUACCUGAGCCAGAUCCACCUCGACGACGCUGAUAACGAGGACUGAUAAAGGGAACGUUGGAUUUUCAUUGGAGGACGAGAGUGCCGCGCGUUUUCGCCGACGGACCGAUAAAAUCAACAGACGUCGCCGAAUAUCAGAAGCUUCGGGGGAUGCGAAAACCGGAGGACGAUGUCGACGAGAGCGGCCUGGGGGCCGAAGUUGUUUCUCGUGCUGGUGACGACCACGAUCGUUAUCGGCAAUUAUCAGGAUCAUCGCGAGAGGACUCACCUACGCGAGCAGCUCGUUAACGGCCAUAAAGUAACGAGGAACAUUACUCGCUUACAAGAGGAAAUAAUCGCUAACCUGCCUCCUCUUCGAAUUCCUCGCUUGAGACACCAUCGAGUGACAGAUUGGGACCCUUAUUUCGAAAAUGCAGAGGGUCAGGGUAUCAACGGAUCCCAAAGUGUGGCACUGCAUCUCGGUGCAACGGCUCUCCUCGAUUGUCGUGUCGCAAUGUUAGCUGGAAAGAAGGUCAUGUGGUUACGCCGCAACGCCGACUGGGCAUCCCUUUUAACCCUGGGUAAUACCACUCACAUUUCCGAUCCCAGGUACAGCGUCAGCUUCCAAUACCCAAACAACUGGAGACUGGCGAUCGCAGGGGUGCAAAGGGAGGACCGUGGAUUAUACGUCUGUCAAGUAAACACUCACCCCCCGAGAAUGCUCGUCACUAACGUCACUGUUCUAGCACCGGACAUUAGGAUCGUGGACGAGGCCAAGCACGAGCUGAGGGACCGCUACUAUAAAACCGGAAGCGGUAUCGAGUUGAAAUGCGUCGCGAAGCCAUCCAGGCCCGACUCCAGGAUACCGCAUCCCGUCUGGAGGAAAAAUGGCGAGACGUUGCCGGAUCACGUCGACGUUUAUCACAUUAAUGGGUCGAACGAAGAUCUGGUGACCAAGCUGUACAUCGAACAGGCGAAAAAGACUGACAGCGGCGAAUACUCGUGCUCAGUGAGCCAAUUCAGUACCGCCGCAGUGCAUAUUCACGUCCUGAAUGGUGAAAAGCAGGCAGCGGUUCACCACGAUCAAUGGAAUGCAGCGCGAACGAAUCAUCAUCAGCGAUUGAACGAGCUGCACGUUGCGAUCGCCAGCAUUCUUCUUCUACGGGCUUGGAUAAUCAGCUCGCCAUGAGGAUCAUCGAAACACAUUGAAAGCGCGGUUCUACACAGAGGUCGAUUAAUUUGUUCCGUUUGAGGGGAACACUGCUCGCCAGAUCCCGUUUUCCUUCACGACAAGCUUCUAGUUGUGCGAACGAAACGCUAAAUGGGGUCGUUUAAACUAUGUAGUGGAUUAUCAAUCCUAUGAACUUGGUGUCAUCGACUCGAAUAUCUCGAGUAUUGGUUUAAUAAUUUGUUAACCUUCAAGGGGAUUUUUGGGGGAUUUCCUUAUGUCUUGGGUCGAAACGUGGGCAACAUUUGGAAUUUUAAUAUUAGAAAAGAACGUGGGGUGUCGAACUGAAACCUUUUGUCCGCGUUAAUGUACUUGUGAAGAUGUUACAUGAUUUUUUCGGUGUAAUUUCAUUUAAUAAUUGAUGAAUUAUUAAUAAUGUCACGGCUCUGUGUCGGGAAGCAAAAUACGAAAAGAUUGUUAUUGUAUUUAAGUGUAAUUCACGUCUGAACUAAAGGAGAUUAGACAUUUUUAAAUUAGAUAAAAUUGUCCAACUUUGGAGAGAUCAAAUGUGUUUCAUUGCAUCUGGAAGAAGGGGGUGAAACGAGCUCUUGAUAGAUUUUAAUCAGAAUUGGAAUUUAUUGUAAAAAGAUUAUGUACAUAAUAAAUUUAAAUUUUAUUUUAUUACUGUACAGUAAUACACAACCGUUUCCAAAAUAGCAAACUAUACUUGCCAUGCACCUUCUUUAAAGUGUUAGGAUUUAAAUAAGUAUUAUUGCAUUUUAGCACGUUUAGCUGUGCAUCAUUUAAACAUAAUAUGCAAUAUAUUGUAUGCAUGCAUCAUAAAUCAUUCUCAAAGUGCUAUUAUACGUAUUUCACAAAGAUUUGUUAAUUUGAAUGUCUAUGGAACUCUGUUGUAAAGGAGGAACUGGGAAUUGAUGGUACAGUAUUUAAAUUGAAUGGGUACUUUAAAUAUUGCACCCCUAGAAAGGGGAUGGUAUCGCCAUCUGUAGCGAGUGACCUAAGUUGUAAGAGGAAAAUGUUUUCCUCCCUUGAUUUCAACCAUGAGUAGAUUGUUCGACGUUAUAACAUGAAAAGUAUAACAAUUAAUAAUAUGCAAUUUAUCGGAAAACUAUUGGAAAUGUGUAAAAUUAUAUGUGUAGUUAAGAUACUUAUUAUUAAUCUCUCUUGACAUAUUUUUUUAUAUUAAAUUUAUUGUCAUGUUCAGUAGAACAAUCUUUCAACCUGAUGACAUUUUAGUUUAAAUAAAUCUAAUGAAAAUUUAUUGAGCCAAUACGUCACUAAUUUAUUUAUGUGGAAAUAAGUAUUAUACCUUCGCGGAAGCACACCUGGUUUCGCCAUCUAUCUGUGGGAAAUAUAAACCAUUCCUCUCUGAACUUAGGCGUUCUGUUGUAAAUGGCGAUUUCCUCUUUCUAGGGGUGUAACUGUUCUCUUUAAUAAAAAAAAUAAGCUUGAGCAAUUCCAAGCCCAGCAAUCAAGGACUAAUUUAACUAAUUUAACUAAUUUAAAUUAAUACGGAUUAUGCUUGGAACGAUGUAAAACUGUGCACAUAUAAAGAAAAAUAGAAUAUUUGCCUGCUUGUGAUUAUUUCUAUACAAACUUGAGCGUUUCACUGUCGAGGGCGCAGACUGUAUCGCAAAAUUAGCUUUAAGGAUUGUUGGGACCGUUUACCGUUAGAUGGCUGUAGCAUUAUCUGUCAAGUUUCACGAUUGUUUAAUUAUUUAAUGAUAACGAACUAUGGUUGAUGCAAAGGAUAUUUUGCAUUUUUGUUUAAAUGAUUUGUACAGAUAAGUGUUGGGAGAAAGAGAAAUCUAACGUUUCGGAGGCACAAUAAGUGGAAGUUUGUUAGAAAGGAGAAGGGGGUGCGUUAGGCGUUCCGUAUUCCCCUCAAAUGGCAAAAAUUAAUGGACCAGUAUGUAUUGCUAGGAGAAAAAAAUGUUUAUCUUGUUUUAAGUAGAAUACGGAAUUAAAUUUUCGCUGCUUAUCUUCUAUGAUUUCACAAAUAUUCAGAAUAGUAUGAAAACUCAGUCACGUUAUUAUCAUCCCUCGAACAGUAUUUCUGCAGAGUUUGGAAUUUGGUCGAAUUUUCGAAUUGCCAAACUUUUCUUGUUAGUUGAAAACCAUAGAAUGGUUGACUAAAAUUUCUGACCUAACACUGUGUGCAUACUUGGAAUUCCUUCCAGAACUGAGCUUUCUUUCUCCUUGCAAUACAUGGCAGCUCGAUUGUGUGUUUAUGGGUGUUUGUCAGAAAGCUUUUUCGAUUAACAGAUCAGUAUUACAAUGGACGAUAACUGCCGAGUGAAUUAUUGCAUACGAUAAGCCAUUGUAUAUUCUAUACAGUACUGCGAAAUUACUUAAGUACAGAAUUGUGAAUAUUGACCUGACAGCGAUCUCCUUCGUCUGGAAGAGUGCAUGAUACCAUUCUUUUUUAAGAGAAAAAUAUAUAAUUAAGCGAAUCCAAUGAAUCGAUUCGAUUUAACAAUAUCAUUGAUUGUUUAAUUCAUCAAUUAUUCAGAUUUAUUUAUCUUCAUUUAUCGAAUGCUCCUCGCCAUUUAUUCGUGAUGCAAAUAAAGCGGAAUUUGCAAUUCACGUGACACGAUAUCGCUCAAAAACGCAAUCUAAAGCAACAAAUUACUAAUCAACCGUACAGAACGCUAUAUAGUAAUAAUUUGAUUCGUGUUUAUUUAAUAAAUAAGAAUGUCGACCAGUGCAUUCAUCCAGUCGGAGUUAGUUUCUAAUAAGCAAGCGCGAGUAUUAGUAGUUUAAAGGUGCUGAACGAUUAUAAAAAAAAAACUUACCAUUUUCCUCCUCUCGAUGGCCUGUACAUAAAAUACAUUAACAAUUGUAUAGUCGAGGAAAUAACGUGCUUGAUUGGUCGAUAUGUUGCAAAACCGAUGAAAUUUUACAAGUGUGUAAAUCGCCCGCCCUUAAAUGUGUGUAUAUUGCCCGAUGUAAAUCGACCAGUUUAACGUCACGUAUUCGUUCUCGUAUAAUAAACUGUAAUUAAAUAAUUCUACCUGAAAUUUUUUGUUCAACACCACCAUUCCAUUAAUUUAUGGAUCGUAGAUAUAACUCGGAAAAUAUUAUUUAACACAGCUUUAAAUAAAAUCCCAUUUCAAUAUUAAAUUAAUUACAAAAGCAACCUUUCAGAUAAUUCAAGCUUCCCAAAACGAAUCGUAGAAUAGAUUAAAGUGGCCUGGAACUAAAGACCAUCCCAGUAUAAAAGAAUCUU